GUUGGCUGGAAACUGCUCGAGAUGGGUGGCCAUGCGGUACAAAACCGGGCUGACAUGUUGUGUGCGCCCCUCAAGCGUGAUCAAGCCUGGCUAAAAUUUGGUGAAGACGGUUCAGCAGAGAUUUGCUUAUCCUCUGAAGAGCUUGCAGUGGCCCGGUUUUUCACGCGGUUGCUUCAACAUCAAGAGGAUGCGCCGGUGCAUGUGGUUGACCUCCCCGGUCCCUGCAUUGUGGCGGCAGCGGAUGCCUAUGCAGAAGGGACCCGGGCUGGUGUGGGCGGUUGGUUGCUGCCAGAGGGUGCAGAGCUCCACCCGUCCAACAUCUUCUGGUGCAAGUGCUUGGCCUCUGCGGGACCGCCCAUCACGGGUGGGACCG